AGUUGAUGGCUGAUUCAUUCGUCAACUUUUUCUGUUUAGCGUAUUGUUUGGUACAAACAUUAAUAAGUAUUCGCAAUUAUCCAGAAUUAUUUUAUGCCAAUUAUUUUAAAAUUAAGCAAAAAUGGCCACAUUGAAAUCGGAUCUAGACGAUUAUUUACUUCAAAAUGAAAGCCGUCGAAGUUAUAAAUUCAAUUUACCCUUUUCGACGUCAAACUUUUUUACCAGAAGUAAUGAGGAAUCUCCUACUAGCUCGAGUACUACGGCCUCUUGGUUUGAUGAAGUACAGAAGGAAUAUUUCACACUGAGUCGAACACAGCGAUUUAUGGGGUUCGGUAUCUGUUUAUUCUUUGGCAUCCUAUGUUUCAUUUUGUCAUUUUUGUAUAUACCUAUUCUUCUACUAAAAGCAAGGAAAUUUGCAUUGCUGUUUACUCUGGGAAGUCUCUUUUUUAUUUUUAGUUUCAGUUUUCUUUGGGGGCCUUGGUCACACCUCAAAUCUCUAUUUUCAAAGGAGAAAGCAUUAUCAACAUGUCUGUAUGGUUCAACACUAAUUGCCACUUUGUAUUGUGCAUUGCACCUACAAAGUACACCGUUGACAGUCAUCUGUGCUGUGGGACAAGUGUUGGCAUUGCUUUGGAUGAUGAUGGGAUCAAUUCCGGGUGGCGCAUCUGGAGCAAGAUUAUUUGGAAGCAUGUUUAAAUCAUCUGUGUCCAACACACUCCCUAUAUAACACAGAUAUCUUGUUUGGAAUAGCUAUGUUGGAAAUUCACUUGCCUAUUUCUUAGACAUGCCUUACUCCUGAAUGCUGCUAAUUCACAUAAAAAUGGAUGCUGUUAAUGUGACCUCUUUCAUAGGUACUUAAUACCUUGACUGAAUUUAUAAAACUUUUCAUGAAUCUUAUGGAAACAAUUUUUAUAACUAUUUAUCAUGUUCUUUACACAAUUACACUUUAUUGAAUAUAUUAGUCUAUAG